UUUGGAUUUUAACGCAGACGGUUUGAAUUAAGUCAGAUGUUGCGCUAUGAAUAGCAAUUGUGACAUAAGAAGAAAGACUUGGGAAGAAAGAAAGGUUUUGCUUUUGACCAUGAAGUUUCCAGAAAAGUUAUGGUCUAUUGUAAAUGAAGGUGAUUCAAAUUCAAUAAGAUGGGGAUCUAAUGGAGAUACUCUGCUUUUAGAGUACCCUAAAUUCCAAGACGAAAUUCUUAAUCGAGAUGCUGGUAUAUUCAAGACUAAGAAUAUUGCAAGCUUUGUAAGACAGUUAAACCUCUAUGGAUUUCGCAAAGUGAAUCGUUAUAAUGAGAAUAUUCAUGAAUUUAAGCAUCCGUUAUUCGUACGGGAUCGAACAGAUUUAUUGGAUUUAAUAAAAAGAAAGUCAGGAAUUGUUUUUUCAAAACAUGCUGCAGUACCUUCACAAAAAGUUUCAAAAGUUAGGAAUUUUACGCCCAUAAAAAGAUAUAAAGCAUCUGAGGAUAUAGAAAAUCAAUCUGAUGAAGCAAAUCCCAAUACUGAAAAAGAAAUACAAAGUUUUCCUUUAAAAACUUUACAGGGACGGAACAUCAAUCCAGGGCCAAACGUCAUGCCCUCAGUUAAAGAUAUCUGGUGGAAUAAUUUUUCCCCUACAUCUGUGACUCCAUAUCCCAGUCAUCCUUACUAUAACAAUGAUAUAGCUUCUCAAGGUUGGAUACCCGCUGAUGCCGACUUCUACAAAUCUCAAAAUCGAAAUAAAGGAAGCCCAUUAAAGACGGAUGUAAAGCGAGAUCAUACAUAUUAUGAAAAUACUAGUAUGCAUGAAAACUACUCUACAACAUCGAGAGGAAACAGAAAUAUGUACUUCGUGGUUAUGCCCGGUUACGCUCCACCACAUAAUCCUAAUAUGUAUCAUAGUCCAGGAUUUUACAAUGGAAUUCUUCCUGUUCCAGGAAUGCCUCUACCUUGGGUUCCUGACAAUAAGAAUAAUGAAGUCCAUAGAAGCGGAUUUUAUAAUGAGGAGUACAGCAGAAACUUUAAUGCAUUUAGUGGCUAAUAGCACCUCCGGUCUUUUCCCAAGUGCAUGUAGAGUUACUUCCUACUUAUUACGUUGGAAGAUAUUGAUAAGAGAGCUAUUUUUUCUUUUUUGAAAAUUGUGGUGUCGUGGUUAGUACUAAUUUCACAACAUUUAACCUCUGCCCUAUAAAAAUUAUGGGAUUAUGUUACUUUUUUUUGUUUCCAUUCUGAAUAAACUGUAUUUCAGAUAUUUAUUAUGCUAAAA